AUGACCCUUAUCCACAUCGUGCUGUUCAAGUUCCGCUCCGAUGUCAGUGAGGAGCAUAGGAAGACCUUUGUCACCGAAUUGAAAAAGUUGAAGACACUCUCCUGCGUCAAAGCCGGAAGACUCAUCGUCGGGGGCCCUAGUGUCACCGACCCUAUCGAGCGCAGCAAAGGAUUCCAGAUCGCUCUUGUGAGCUAUCACGAGAAUCAAGCCGCUUUAGCUGAGUACCAGGCUAGUCAGGAGCAUCACUGGGUGACUUCAACAUACAUGUUUCCGUAUAAAGAGGAUCUAGUGCGGUUUGAUUUCGAGGUGGAUCCGGAAGAUGAAUAUAUGUGCCAGUUUCCCUUGAUGGUAUAG